CAAGACCCACUAGCAGUUCAUAAUAAAUUUAUUUAAAAUACCAACAUCAUGGUUCUGCACAACCCCAACAACUGGCACUGGGUGAAUAAGGAUGCCUCCGGAUGGGCCAAGGAUUACCUGAAGGAGAAGCUCUGCGCGCUUUCCGCCGAAGAAAAUGGUGUCACCGCCAAGAUCUCCAACCUCCUGUCUAUGGAUGGCGACGUAGACGUCAGCCAGAGAAAAGGCAAGGUCAUCACCUUGUUCGAUGUCAAAGUACAGCUAGAGUAUGAAGGUAAGACCAAGGACGAGGAGUCCGUUAGCGGUACUAUCACCAUCCCCGAGGUUGCCCACGACACAGAGGAAGACGAGUAUGUUUUUGAGAUUGACAUCUACUCUGAAUCCUCUUCUAAGCAGCCGGUGAAAGACCUCGUGCGGUCGAAACUUCUGCCCCAGCUCAGACAGGAGUUGGCUAAACUUGCACCCGCCCUGAUCGGCGAGCACGGCAAGGAUAUCCAGCAUGCCCCCGGUGAAAACCCAUCUAAGGGUUUCACCGCCCCAGCCUAUCACCCGCAGACUAAGAAGGACACUCCUGCCCCCAAGACGACCACUACUACUACCGGCAGCAAGGUUGCUGUCAACACUACUACCGUGAUUGCCUCGGAUGAGUUCCGUACCACCGCCGAGGAAUUGUACAACACCUUUACAGACCCCCAGCGCAUUGCCGCUUUCACCCGCGGAGCGCCUCGUCAGUUCGAGGGUGCCCAGGUUGGCGGAAAGUUCGCCAUCUUUGAUGGCAAUGUCACCGGAGAAUAUACUAAGCUGGAGAAACCGACUCAGAUCGUGCAGAAGUGGCGAUUGGCCCAGUGGCCCGAAGGUCACUUCAGCUCCCUUGAGAUCAACUUUGACCAGAACGAUGUCGACGGCGUCACCCAAAUGCGUGUGUCUUGGACUGGAGUCCCAGUUGGCCAGGAGGAUGUCACCAAACAGAACUGGGAAAUGUACUAUGUUCGCAGUAUCAAGCAGACUUUCGGGUUUGGCACUAUCCUCUGAUCUCGUACGCCCGUCUUUGGAAGUUUGACGAUUCGAACGCCGAUGGUGUGUACAGAUGACCUGACUCUGUCUGCGAUCAACGCGCCCUGUAAGGGCUGGCGUAUCUAUGUUUUGGGUCGACUGAAUUGCGUUCUUGGAAAGCAGACACUCUGUACCUCACAUCUGUGCCUUUUGUGAUACACCUUCCCCUCUUGCAUCUGAGGGUAUGGUUCGACGAUUCCACGAUAGAAAUCCAUGAUUAGAUCAAUGUAAAACGAAUCAAUAACGAAACCCCACGGUUGUAUACACCCUAUCUCUGUCUGUAUGG